AUGAAAGAGGCAGCCUAUGCUGAUGAGCUGAAGACUCUUGAAGAGUUCAAACCUACUCGUAAUGAUUGGUUUGUUAAAGAAACGAGGAGGAGACGCAGAAAGGUUACUCCUAAAGCUCAAGAGGGUGAGGGAUCAUCAUCACAACCGAAGAAGAAACAAAAGAAAGCCGCUAAAACGUUAUUGAUUGAUGAACCUGAAGAAGAUGAGCCAGUUGUAACUGCGGAAGAAGAUUCGUAUAAUGUUGAUGAAAACUUGAUGUUUAAUGUUGAUGUUUUAGGGACUGAGCCAACAGUGAAUGUUGAAACUGAACAAGCUGUUAAUGUAGAAGCUCAGAAAGAGAAGGUUAUUGACGAUAUUGAAGGUGAUGAUGUUGAUAAAGAUACUACAAGUUCCUCGAGUUCUUCAGAAGAUGAAGUAGAUGAAGCUGGACGUUUAAGAAGAAUUCAGGAAGCAACGGAGAAAGAGAAGUUGUUGAGAAAGAGGAAAAGGCAAGAAAAGGAAGAUGCUCCAUAUGUGCCAUCUCCACAACAUGUUUCUGAAUCGCAAUCACCUUCUAGUGGCAGAAAGAAGGCCGGGGCAAGAAAGAAAGUUGUAUCUCCAAAGAUCCGGAAAGUUACACCAAAGAUUUCAAAGCCAAAGAUCGUCUUAAAGAAGAAACCUUCCAAAGAAACCAGUAAACCAUCAACACCACCACAUGAGCCAACACCACCUCAAUCUCCAAUUCAAUCACCUCCACGACAACCUACACCUCCACAACAACCUUCUCCACCAAAACAACCAACACCACCCAGACAACCAUCACCAAUACACCCUUCAUCACUACAUCUUUCACCACCACAACAAACCUUAUUCACAUCGCAAGAAAUCUUUCAAACACCACCACUCACCCAAGGUCAACUAACACCUGGUUCUGCUGGGCACAAAGGUCUUCACAUUCCUCAUGAUAAUCUUGAAGACAUUGGAGAUUUCGACUUUGCAAACGAUGAACAAGUUAAGAAGUUGGAAAAGAAGAUGGAUGAAGUGUUGGAUGAAAACAAAAAGUUAGCUGCUGAGAACAAGAAAGUUUCUAAUCGUGAGAAUAUUCUUGAAAUGCGUGUGAAGAGGCUGGAGAUUGACAACAAAGAAUUGUUGAAGAAGAUUGACACUGAUCAAUCUGAGAUUGAUAUCUUGAAAGUACGAGUUGCUGAACUUGAAGAAGAAAAAGCUCAAAGAGAUGAACAGAAUAAAUACUUCGAGUUGAAAAAUAAAGAGCUUGAAGCUGCUAAGGCUUUGAGGGAGCAUGAGUUCUACAUGUUAAACAAAGUCGUUGAAAGUAUGCUCGGAACAUCAGUUGAACAAAAGUUUGAAGAGAUACAAGUUGAAGAACUAAGGGCACAACGUUAA